AUCGCGAUAUUUUUCCUGCCUAUACGACUAACACAUAGCUAGAUCAUCUCGCGAGAUUGUAAUGGUUCCUCCUGCACCACUUGCUGCCGUUUCCUGAAUCGAAAGUCUCCAACGGACAUCCAGCAGUUCAUCCGAGGCGCACGUUUUUGUCCCAUCCCGGAACAUCCGCUGCCAUACCCAGGUCUUCCUCUGUGUAGGCCGAACAUCCUCGGACUUGAGUACUAGCUGUCAUCCUCGGAAACUGCUCCCCCUUCCUCAUUGCCAAGCGAAGAUAGGCCCGGGCCGCUUCGAAGGAAAGCAAAGAGCGAGACAAGAUUCUCUCGAGGGAGAGGAGGACACGAUGCAAAAUGCGGUGAUGUGUUUUGCACAGAAAAUAUUAUUUUUGCUCAAGUAGCUUCUGAGUUAUUGUAACCAGCCAGGUAGCAAGCAAGAAGCUACAAAUCUGAACACUUGGCUAGCUACCCUGCCAGGCAGCUAGCGAGCUAUCUUACGCAUUAGUACGAGAUGGUGCUAGCUAGCCUCUAACAGCACUUGGACAUGUACAGCUAGCUAGCUAGCACUCUGAUACUGAUCGCUAGCUGGCUAGCUAGCUAACUUCGCUAACUGUAACACUGCUUUGCUAUAGUGGCAGCUCUCGACUUAGCUAACCUUGUAUGAAAGUUCCAACGUGCACAAAUUGGCAGCUAGGUAGCUAGCUAACUGUUUGCUAGCUUGCCAGCACAUUGAGGUAAAAGGCUAGCUAGUUAGCUAGCUAAAAUAUAAUAUACCUAGCUGGCUUGCUAACAACCAGGUAGCUAGUUAUUUAGCUCACAUAUUGUUGCGACUUGAGGCAAAAAAUAAAGAAUAGUGAUUUUAGUUUACAAAAUACAUUUGUUAAUUUGUGUAUAAAAUAGCUACUUUAACUGGUCAGCUAAGGCAGUAAAGACGUCCCUGAAUCGCUAAAAUCAGACAUGGCCCCAAAGAAGAGACCAGUUCCACUAAACAUAACACCCACCGGAGAGGGACAGUCGUCUUCAACCACCAUCGACGCCGCCUCAGAGGCCAACUUGGAGGCCCUACAGAAGAAACUAGGGGAGCUGGAUCUGGACGAGCAGCAGAGGAAGCGAUUGGAGGCUUUUCUCACCCAGAAAGCCAAGGUGGGCGAACUGAAGGACGAUGACUUCCACCGCAUCUGCGAACUUGGUGCCGGCAACGGUGGAGUGGUCAACAAGGUCCGCCACAAACCCUCUGGGUUGGUCAUGGCCAGGAAACUGAUCCAUCUGGAAAUCAAGCCAGCCAUUAGAAAUCAGAUCAUCCGGGAGCUGCAGGUGCUGCAUGAGUGUAACUCCCCCUACAUAGUAGGCUUCUACGGGGCCUUCUACAGUGAUGGAGAGAUCAGCAUCUGCAUGGAGCACAUGGAUGGAGGCUCAUUGGAUCAGGUGCUGAAGGAGGCCAGAAGAAUCCCAGAGGAAAUUCUGGGCAAAGUCAGCAUAGCUGUCCUCAGAGGGCUCGCCUAUCUGCGGGAGAAGCACCAGAUUAUGCACAGAGACGUCAAGCCGUCCAACAUCCUGGUGAACUCGCGCGGGGAGAUCAAGCUGUGUGACUUCGGCGUGAGCGGCCAGCUCAUCGACUCCAUGGCCAACUCCUUUGUGGGAACGCGUUCGUACAUGUCGCCGGAGAGACUGCAGGGCACACACUACUCGGUGCAGUCGGAUGUGUGGAGCAUGGGCCUGUCCCUGGUGGAGCUGGCUAUCGGGCGCUAUCCCAUCCCCCCUCCUGACGCCAAGGAGCUGGAGGCCAUCUUUGGCCGGCCUGUGCUGGACGGAGCAGAGGGAGAGACGCACAGCACCUCCCCCCGCCCCAGACCCCCAGGACGGCCAGUCAGCGGGCAUGGAAUGGACAGUCGCCCGGCCAUGGCUAUAUUCGAGCUGCUGGACUACAUUGUUAAUGAGCCUCCGCCUAAACUGCCACUUGGUGUCUUCACCUCUGAUUUCCAGGAGUUUGUGACAAAAUGCCUCAUCAAGAACCCAGCAGAGAGAGCAGAUUUAAAGAUGCUAAUGAACCACACGUUUAUCAAGCGCUCGGAGGUGGAGGAGGUGGACUUCGCAGGCUGGCUGUGCAAAACCAUGGGUCUCAACCAGCCCAGCACUCCCACCCGCAGUGCCGUCUGAGCUCCUGCCUGCCUGCCUGCCUGCCUGCCUGCCUGCCUGUCUGUUUACGCCACCAGGAUGUCUCUCACU